AUGCCGGGGGCACCUCCAGCCCAGCCAGUUGCACCAGUUCAGGAAUACGUGGUGCCAGUUAUGCCCGACGAUGAGCAACGUCGUCUGGAGAGGUUUGGUAGACUCCAGCCACCGUCAUUCAGUGGUGCUGAGGGCGAGGAUGCCCAAGGUUUUCUUGACAAGUGUCAGCGAAUGCUCCGGACAGCCGGAAUUCUUGAGUCUAGUGGUGUGGCAUUCACCACAUUUCAAUUCACGGGAGCCGCCUUUAAUUGGUGGGAGGCUUAUGAGAGGCGUAGGCCGGUUGAUGCAGCGCCUCUUACGUGGCAACAAUUCUCCACUCUUUUCUUGGAGAGGGAGAGAGUAUUGAGUGCUACUUUCGAGGAAGUGGUUGACAUAGCUCGCGAAAUUGAGACGGUUCGCCGUCAGGAGCGAGAGGAAAGGGAGGUUAAGAGACCUCGAGGAUCGGGCAGGACAGAUGCCAGUGCAUCUGAUGCCGUUAUUACAGGUAUUAUCUCAGUCUGCCACAGAGAUGCCUCUGUAUUGUUUGAUCCCGGUUCUACUUAUUCUUAUGUGUCCAUGUAUUUUGCACAUUAUUUGGGUACGUCCCGUGAGCUUCUUGCUCUGCCUGUUCAUGUGUCUACCCCGGUGGGUGACACUGUUGUUGUGGACCGUGUGUAUCGGUCGUGUGUGGUAACCAUUGGGGGUCUGGAGACCCGGGUUGACUUAUUGCUAUUAAGCAUGGUGGAUUUCGAUGUUAUUUUAGGCAUGGAUUGGUUAUCUCCAUGUCGUGCUAUCUUAGACUGUCAUGCUAAGACAGUUACCUUGGCUAUGCCGGGUGUGCCGCGGAUCGAGUGGCGUGGCGUGACUGAUUAUAUCCCCGGCAGGGUGAUAUCAUAUUUGAAAGCCCAACAAAUGGUUGGGAAGGGUUGCCUUGCAUACUUAGCAUUUGUAAGGGAUGUUGGAUCUGAGACUCCAAGCAUCGAUUCUGUUCCAGUUGUGCGGGAAUUUCCCGACGUAUUUCCUGCUGACCUACCGGGCAUGCCGCCGGAUAGGGAUAUUGAUUUCGGUAUUGAUCUGGUGCCGGGCACACAGCCCAUCUCUAUUCCACCUUAUCGUAUGGCACCAGCAGAGUUGAAAGAAUUAAAGGAGCAACUUCAAGAGCUCCUAGAUAAAGGGUUCAUUCGCCCUAGUGUGUCACCUUGGGGUGCACCAGUCUUAUUUGUGAAGAAGAAAGAUGGCACAAUGAGAAUGUGCAUCGAUUAUAGGCAACUAAAUAAGGCAACGAUCAAGAACAAAUAUCCUUUGCCUCGUAUUGAUGAUUUAUUUGAUCAGCUUCAGGGAGCACGAGUGUUCUCUAAAAUUGACCUCCGUUCCGGAUAUCACCAGUUAAAGAUCAGGGAAGCAGAUAUUCUUAAGACUGCCUUCCGGACUAGAUAUGGCCACUAUGAGUUUCUUGUAAUGUCCUUCGGGCUAACUAAUGCCCCAGCAGCGUUCAUGCAGUUGAUGAACAAUGUGUUUCGGCCUUAUCUGGAUUCGUUUGUGGUGGUCUUCAUUGAUGACAUCCUGGUAUUGAGGGAGGAGAAGCUUUAUGCAAAAUUCUCCAAGUGUGAGUUUUGGCUCAAUUCGGUGGCUUUCUUGGGACACGUGGUGUCCAGUGAGGGUAUUCAGGUGGAUCCAAAGAAGAUAGAGGCGGUUCAGAGUUGGCCUAGACCGUCCUCAGUCACAGAGAUUCGUAGCUUUCUUGGGUUGGCAGGCUACUAUCGCCGAUUUGUUCAG